ACCAGUCUCUCUCUCUCUCUUGUGCUUAUCUAUCUCUAACGGCAGAGCUGACUCAGUUUUCUCCGGCAUUGACUCGCCUGAGAAUCAGAAGCUCAGACCUGAUUCUUAUGUUGAUGUCGCCUUAAAAUGAGUGUUCAUCCUUCUAGCCUGGUUUUGGUGUUUGGGGAGAGCUAGGAGAGAGUCAAGGUGAGUAGGUAGAAACAAUUUGUGGAGAAUUUGGAUUAGGUAUUGCAUUAGUGAUAGGGUUGAAGGGGUAGUGAUUUUCUAGGGCUUAUUAGUUUGGUAUGAAUUCGAGGGCUGAUGAUCCUGGGGAUAGCUAUUUUCGAGUUCCUUUGGAGAAUCAAACUCAACAAGAGUUCCAACUCAGGGGUUCUUGGAUUCCAUUUACACCCAAGAAACCUCUGCAAGGUACAUCAAGUCUGAUCGUAGAUGAGAGAGUGAUGCACCAGGAUCUAAAUGGGGUUCCUCCAGGUGGUGAGUUUGAAGAGAGGGGAUUCUGCAACAGUGGUGCUUUACGUGAUCUUAACUAUGCGGUGCAGGGAAUGGAUCAAAAUGGGGUUUAUAACCAUGGUGCUCAUCAGGGGGUGACAAACACAAAUAGGGUGGUUAAUAACUUAGAAGGAUCAUAUGCUCAAGGUAGGAGUAAUAGUGAGAGAGAUCUUUUGGGCAGGAGUGAUGCAAAUUCUCCUUUAGCACCUGUUAUUAGAAACACCACCGGUAACGUAGAGCUGGUCAAUGGAAAAUUUACUUCAGAUGUGGGUAUGGUAAACAGUUCUUUCGUCCAAAGUGGUAGUUCUCAAGCUGGCUGUACAGAGUUUGAAUUGGACGACUUGUUGGAUCCCGUACAGAUGCCCUUCUCCUUCACAAGCCUGCUGAGUGGUGGGGAUCACUUAUUCCAGAUGGAACUCCAGCGUGUAGCAAGCCUCUUUAACAAUUUGAAUUCACCAAUUAGAAGAGAAGUAGUUGGGUCCGUCUUUCAAAGUUCGUUUCAAUCUGUACCGUCAACGCCCAGUCUGUGCAGAACUGGUGAAAAGAGUGGAUUCCUUGAAAAGAUAACUACUACCACUGGACAUGAAAUCACAGAGCCGAAAUCUGACAAAAGUAUGAAGAGCAUUGUGGACUCGUCUGUUGUUAAUUCGACGGAGGUUACUAAACAAAAUGAUGGCAGGAGACAAGAUGUUCUGGAUUUUGAUCUGAACAUGACACCUCAGCAGAAACCCUCCAAAAGGAAAAAGAAGUUCAUGCCCAAGGUGGUUGUGGAAGGCAAACCUAAAAGGAAGCCACGCAAACCUGCAACUCAGGAGAAUAUGAAAUCUAAAGAAACGGGGAGUAGCAAAAGGAAGAAAGCUCAAAAGAAAAACUUGGAAGAAUCAACUACUAAAAAGCAAGCCAAUGUUGGACGUAUGAGCAACAAAAUCCCUGAAGUCAGACUCAAAAGUUGCAGAAAAGCUUUGAAUUUUAACUUGGAGGAUUCUGGAGAUGCGAGGCAAGGUGACUCUGUGGCUGAAUUUGUCCAGAGUGGCUCAAAGUCAUUUUCUGAGAUCAGAGAUGCCACUGGUGGAACUAGUGGUAGUUUCCCGAUUUCAGCAACACAAAUAGAGCAGAGCAAUGAAUUGGUGGCUUCGAACCAGCCACUUGAAGCGUCAAUGGGAAACCAGCCAGAAAAACUACCCAGAGUAUUACAAGAAAAUUAUACACAAUUACUGGCCAGAGACCAACAACCUGAACUAUUGAUAGGAAAUCAGCAACCCCAGUUCCCAGUGGCAACCGAUAACACCCAGUUCCCAGUGGGAAGCCAACAAGCUUGGCUUCAGAUGAAAAAUCAACUCACCGGCUUUCCAUUCGGUAACCAAAAACCUCCCAUGACCAUAAGAAACCAGCAACCUUGUUUGGCCAUGGGUAAUCAACAACCUGUGUAUCUUAUAGGAACUCCACAGCCUGCAUUGGUGAGUGAAAGCCAGCAACUAGGAGGUCUCCAAGGGAACAAGCAGCCUAUAUUUUUGAAUCAGCAGACUUGUUUACCUGCUGGAAAUCGACAAUAUGGAUCACCGGCAGACUUGAAUCAGCUUGUUAUGUCAACCGGAGGGCAACAACAUGGACUACUUAUCCAAGAUCAACAGCCUGGAUUUUUGCUGAGAAACCAGCAACCUGGAUCAUCAAUGAGAGGCCAGCAGUGCUGUGUACCUUUGAUGAACCAGCAACCUGGAACUCUAAAAGGUUUUACUCACUUGAAUCGGAUGGUAGCUGCCUGCAUGUCAUCACCUGGGCUUCGACGUCAUUUUCAGUCACAAAUUCCUGCAAAAAAUCUUCAUGCGGAAUCUGUUACCAGGAGUUUGAAUGGGACUGCAGGUACAUGUCAGAGAAGCAGCACUACUGGUACUUUACAGCAAGAUAUCCAUCAAGGAAAUGAGUACAUCCCGUCUCAUGAGAGAUCCAAUGGUGAUUACUUUGACGUAUGCAAGAAAGAAUUAUCUCAAAACUCUUAUUUACCAACUCCAUAUAUGGCUAGUCUUGAGGAAGCCAGAGGCUCGAAGAGACAGUAUCAUCGUGCAUUGGGACAGGUGCAUAACCAUGAUCUAAACUUAGCAGGUCGUUGGCCCUCUCUCCAGCGGAUUGCUCAAUCACAAGAUGUGGAGAGACAGAACAGCACAACGUGUGCGGAAUAUUCUGAUGCUGCAAAGAAAAUUAAAAUCCAGAAAGUAGUCCACGCAAAUCUGCAUGGCAUGCCACCUGAGGUAAUAGAAGUCGAGGAUGAUCCAACUGAUGGGGCAAGAAAAGAUAAAAAUAUUGCCAGCAUCAUUAAAAGUGGGCCUAAAGCAGUUUCGUGUCUAGUUCAGAAGUCCGCAGAUAAUGAGAAACUUAUUGUCCCAAAAACGCCAGCAAGAAAGGGUCAUGCAGGGAGAAAAAAAUCAAUACCUCCGCCUACUCAUGGCUCAGAGAUCCAGCUUUGGCAACCUACUCCUCCAAAGAAACCUUCAUCAAGAGGUAAGGCUAAAGAGAAAGGGAGGACAUCCGUACCAGAUACAGGAAAAUCACGAGGUCCAUCAGGAGAACUUAAAUGUGAGGAUUCUAUUGCAGAAAUAAUAUACAAAAUGCAGAAUCUCACCCUAGGAGAGAAAAGCAGAGCACAAGAGCAAAAUGAACUUGUCCUGUACAGAGGAGAUGGUGCAGUUGUUCCAUAUGAGAGCAAGAAGAAAAAACCAAGGCCUAAAGUUGACCUUGAUGAUGAAACAGCUCGGAUAUGGAAUUUAUUGAUGGGGAACAGAGAAAAAGCUGGGGAUGAAGAGAUGGAUAAGAAAACAGAGAAAUGGUGGGAAGAAGAGAGGAGAGUUUUCCGAGGAAGGGCGGAUUCGUUCAUCGCCCGUAUGCAUCUUGUACAAGGAGAUAGACGUUUUUCACCAUGGAAGGGAUCGGUGGUUGAUUCGGUCAUUGGAGUUUUCCUUACCCAGAAUGUCACGGAUCACCUUUCAAGCUCUGCUUUCAUGUCUCUAGCUGCUCGAUUCCCUCCAAAAUUAGGCAGCAAUCGAGAAGAUGAAAGGAGUAUUAGAAGCGUAGUUAUUGAGGAUCCAGAAGGGUGCAUUCUGAACUUAAAUGAUAUUCCUUCGUUGCAGGAAAAGAUUCAAAAUCCAUCUGACAAGCAAGUUUCUGAGGUUGAUAGUGGAUCAAAAGAGCAACAAAGAGACUGUUCAAACUCUGGAAUCGAAAGAUUUAAUUUCUUAGAGAACAGUAGCCAGAAUUUAGAAGAGGAAGUAUUAUCAUCACAAGAUUCUUUUGAUCCUGCGAUAUUUCAGUCAUGUGGGAGGGUUGGAUCCAGUUCAUGUUCCAAAUCAGACGCCGAGUUUUCUACACCCAGGUGUCAAACAAAAACUGUCAGUGGAUCAUCACAAUCAGUGCAGACUGAAAGUCCGAACUUGUCUGUUGAAAAUUUUCUCCAAGAGAAUGAGAGACCGGUUCUAUAUGAAAGAUCUAGUGAAGUUCAUAUACAAGAAACUACAAAUGUCGUUCAGAAGAAACCUGAUCUUGACAAAACAAUGAACUACAAAGACCAUCUCUCUUUUGGUCAGCCAAGCAAUGAUACUAACUGGCAAAAAAAAGGACCGACCAAUCCUUUCAGUAGCUAUGAGCAGAGUACGAUUCGGCAGUCACAUGUGCUAGACAUAGAGGAUUUUGGAAUGCAAGGUGAAGGCCUUGGUUAUUCGUGGCUGUCCAUUUCACCAAGAGUUGACAGAGGAAAGAACAGAAAUGUACCUCGCAGAUUUUUCAGACAAGGUGGAAGUGUUCCAAGAGAAUAUUCAGGUCAGAUCACACCAUCAACGCCUCAUGAAUUACCAGGAAUGGGAUUUUCUGCUUCCGCAAGCACCCACGAAGUGCACCAGGGGGAUGCCCAACAUCAACCACAUGAGAUGAAUAAAGCAUCCCAUUUACAGAAAACAUUUAUGGAGCUGCUCAACUCUUCUGAAGAAUGUCUUACAAGACAGUCUAGUAGCACACAGAACAUCACAGAUGGCUGUCUACCGAGGGAUAGAACUCCUAAAGACGUGGUUGAAUCAAAUUCCAUAAAUAAAGAGCAGACGACAGUUGAAUACAACGAGACGAAUGCCACUAUUGUGCGAGAGAUGAAAGGGACUCUUGCUGAUGGGAAAAAACCUACAAGUCAGUGGGAUAGUCUCAGAAAAGAUGUGGAUGGGAAUGAAGGGAGAAAGGAACGAAGCAAAGACAGUUUGGAUUCCAUAGACUAUGAAGCAAUAAGACGUGCUAGUAUCAGUGAAAUCUCCGAGGCUAUUAAGGAAAGAGGAAUGAAUAACAUGUUGGCGGUACGAAUUAAGGAUUUUCUUGAGCGGAUAGUUAAAGAUCACGGUGGUGUCGACCUUGAAUGGUUGAGAGAUGUUCCUCCUGACAAAGCCAAGGACUAUCUCUUGAGCAUAAGAGGCCUGGGUUUAAAAAGUGUCGAAUGCGUGCGACUCUUGACACUCCACAAUCUUGCUUUCCCUGUUGACACGAAUGUUGGAAGGAUAGCCGUUAGGCUGGGAUGGGUGCCUCUACAACCUUUACCUGAAUCACUUCAGUUACACCUCCUAGAGCUAUACCCAGUGCUCGAGUCCAUCCAAAAAUUUCUUUGGCCAAGACUCUGCAAACUCGAUCAACGAACACUGUAUGAAUUACACUACCAGCUGAUUACGUUCGGAAAGGUUUUCUGCACAAAGAGUAGGCCAAAUUGUAAUGCAUGUCCAAUGAGAGGAGAAUGCAGACAUUUUGCCAGUGCUUAUGCUAGUGCAAGACUUGCUUUGCCGGCACCAGACGAGAGGAGCUUAACCAGUUCAACUCUUCCAGUCCCUCCCGAGUCCUUUACUCCUACAGCCAUCCCGAUGAUGAAACUACCUCCUCCGCUGGAGAAGUCCCUAACUAGGGGAGCACCAUCAAAUAGAGGAAACUGUGAACCAAUAAUCGAAGAGCCAUCCUCGCCCGAGCAAGAAUGCACUGAGAUAAUAGAGAGUGACACUGAAGAUGCUUACUACAAUGAGGACCCUGACGAGAUCCCAACAAUAAAACUCAACAUUGAACAGUUCGGCAUGACCUUACGGGAACACAUGGAAAGAAACAUGGAGCUCCAAGACGGUGACAUGGCCAAGGCUUUGGUUGCUUUAAAUCCAACCAAUACUUCUAUUCCAACUCCCAAACUAAAGAACAUAAGCCGUCUCAGGACAGAGCACCAAGUGUACGAGCUCCCGGAUUCACAUCCUCUCCUCAAUGGUAUGGAUAAAAGAGAACCAGAUGAUCCAAGUCCUUAUCUUUUAGCUAUUUGGACACCAGGUGAAACGGCGAAUUCGGCUCAACCACCUGAACAGAAGUGUAAAGGGAAAGCUUCUGGCAAAAUGUGCUUUGAUGAGACUUGUCUAGAGUGUAACAGUGUGAGGGAAGCGAACUCACAGACAGUUAGAGGAACUCUUCUGAUACCUUGUCGAACUGCUAUGAGAGGAAGGUUUCCGCUCAACGGGACUUACUUUCAAGUUAACGAGUUAUUUGCAGACCAUGAUUCGAGUCUCAAACCCAUUGAUGUUCCUAGAGAUUGGAUAUGGAAGCUACCUAGAAGGACUGUUUACUUCGGAACGUCAGUAACAUCAAUAUUCAGAGGUCUUUCAACGGAGCAGAUACAAUACUGCUUUUGGAAAGGAUUUGUAUGUGUCCGUGGAUUCGAAAAGAAGACAAGAGCACCACGUCCGUUGAUGGCAAGGUUGCAUUUUCCAGCGAGUAAAUUGAAGAACAACAAGACCUAAAGAUCAGUGGAAUAAGGAAUACGCAUUAUUAAUUCUCUGCUCCCCUCUAAAUAAAAAGACAAGCAAAAAGGCCUAUUUAGACAUUAAAAAAAAAAACAAACAAACAGGAAGCCAAUUUUUUCUUCUUUCUAAUUUCAUUCAUAGAGCAGAAGAGAGAAACAAAAGAAAAUAGCAAGCAGAGGAGUUUUUUUUUUAAGUUAUUUGUUUUCUCUGUAACAACAAAUGGGUCUCUCUGGUUGUCACUAGCGUGGCAGAUCCAAUGCCUAUGCACACUUCGGCAACAAGAGUUUUUAGCGUCUUUCAAACCAGCUGUUAA